AUACCGCUCUUAUUUAGAUUCAGACUUCAUGAUCAUUCUUCGUGUUUUGCGAAUUUUAGACCGAUAAUCUAAACGAUAUGGAUUUUCGUAGGGAAACAAUCUUUAUUUUGCAGUUUACCUCGUACAAAAAAUAUUUCGCUCGAAAAUAUGCAAUAUGAAUAAAUGUGUGGUCAUUUCGAUUACUCCACAAAUGUAACCGGCUAAAACUGCAACAUACAAAAUUUGGCGGAGUUCGAUCUUUAUUUAACGGUGAUACAUGAGUUCGACGACGGAAAUGACAAAUAAUGUUACACAUUAUGACACGACGAGUUUUUAUAUCGGUUUAGGAUUAGCAAUUAGCUCCAGCGGUUUCAUAGGCGCCAGUUUCAUUAUAAAGAAAAAAGCUCUGAUUCAACUUCAGAGGUAUGGUGGAUUACGUGCAUCAUCCGGUGGUUUCGGCUACUUAAAAGAAUGGAUAUGGUGGGCUGGUCUGCUGUCUAUGGGAAUAGGGGAAGCGGCAAACUUCGUCGCAUACGCAUUUGCACCAGCGUCACUCGUGACACCUUUGGGUGCACUGAGUGUUCUGGUAUCGGCAGUAUUAGCAUCCAAAUAUCUCAAUGAGAAACUAAAUUUGUUGGGAAAGAUGGGCUGUCUAUUAUGCAUCCUAGGUUCUACCAUAAUAGUAUUACACUCGCCGAAAGAAGAAGAAGUCGGCAGCCUGAGCGAACUAAUCGUCAAAGUGAGGGAACCUGGCUACGUGUCGUACGUCCUGAUCGUUAUCAUAUGUACCCUGUCGAUCAUAUUCCAUUUCGGUCCGGCAUACGGCAAGCAAAAUAUCUUCGUGUACAUCUGUCUGUGCUCGUCCGUUGGCUCUCUGACCGUCAUGAGCUGCAAGGGCUUGGGACUGGCGCUGAAGGAGACGAUUUCCGGCAAAGAGAACGCAUUUGCGAACUGGUUAACGUGGGUCUUCAUAUUUAGCGUGAUACUUUGUAUCAUGGUGCAAAUGAAUUAUCUGAACAAGUCGCUCGAUCUGUUCGACACGUCGGUCGUGACGCCGAUCUAUUAUGUUUGCUUCACGACGCUGGUGAUAGUGGCGUCCGCGAUCCUGUUCCGGGAAUGGCAGAAAAUGAGCGCGGAGGACACGCUGGGCGCCUCCUGCGGUUUUCUCGUUAUCAUAAUCGCUAUAUUCCUGCUGAACGCUUUCAAGGAAAUUGAUAUACAUUACGGCAACAUCAAGCACAUGUUGCGACCGAAAAGAGAAAUACUCUCGAAUUACAAUUCAAGAUGGGAGGAUCAAGAGAGAGCGACGAACAGAGUGGAGUCGCAACACUUGUUAAAUCAUACUUACAAUCCUGAUCUCACUAGAACAAUCUGAGAUUGAGUUUUCAUUAGGGAUACAUACUGCGCAACACAAUGUGUUGCGUCUCACAAUUUUGUAUAGUGAUCAGAACUGUUAAAUAGAUAAUUUAUUUUCCUCGUUUCCAACAAA